AUGGCUCAAGAGUUUGUGAACUGCAAAAUCCAGCCUGGGAAGGUGGUUGUGUUCAUCAACCCCACCUGCCCAUACUGCUGGAAGACCCAAGAGAUCCUCAAUCAAUUGCCCAUCAAACAGGGGCUUCUGGAAGUAGUAGUAGCAGCUGUCGAUAUUGCAGCUACUAACCACACCAACGAGAUUCAAGAUUAUUUGAAACAGCUCACGGGAGCAAGAACAGUGCCUCAAGUCUUUAUUGGUAAAGAUUGUAUAGGCGGAUGCAGUGAUCUAGUCACUAUGCAACAGAGCUGGGAGCUGCUGACUUGGCUAAAGCAGAUUGGAGUUCUGCAGUAA